CACUCUGAACCCCACAGGAGUUUUGGGAUGUGAACAGGAAGGUGGUGGAGCAGGGGGCAGAGGCAGCGCUGGGCACCAUGACAGUCUGUACUUUGCCUCUGACCACAGCUGGGACUUUUCCCCUCCUUGGAUGGACACCAUCCAACGUCAGCACAGUCCUGACCUUCACACUCAGUCUGUAUUGUUUAGAAAACUCUGUAUUCCUCCCACAUGGCAGCUGUUCUUUCCAGUUUCAGGGGUGCCUGUUUGACACGAGAGCCAACAUGAACGUGGGAACAGCCCACAGUGAGGUGAACCCCAACACCCGUGUCAUGAACAGCCGGGGCAUCUGGUUGUCCUACAUCCUUGGGAUUGGCCUGCUGCAUGUCAUCCUCCUCAGCAUCCCCUUCUUCAGUGUCCCUGUGGUUUGGACUCUUACCAACAUCAUCCACAACAUGAGCAUGUACAUCUUCCUCCAUACCGUGAAGGGAACUCCCUUCGAGACUCCGGACCAGGGGAAGGCUCGGCUGCUGACACACUGGGAGCAGAUGGAUUACGGCGUGCAGUUCACUGCCUCCCGCAAGUUCCUCACCAUCAUGCCCAUCGUCCUGUAUUUUCUAACCAGCUUUUACACAAAGUAUGACCGGAUACACUUCAUCAUCAACACCAUCUCCCUCAUGAGUGUCCUGAUCCCCAAACUGCCUCAGUUUCAUGGAGUCCGGAUCUUUGGGAUCAACAAGUACUGAGCUGCGUGGCUGGAGGGAAUGGAGGAGGAGCAAGGAGGGUGAGGGACACAGAUCCUUCCCUCUCAUCUUGUUUCCUCACCCCCCUGCACACUGGGAUGUAAUUUCACAGCUGUUCCAACGCAGUAUCAGUAGACACAGACUGCAUGCUGGAUCCUCAUGCCCAAUAAAUCCAAACAAGCUCCAGAGUAGAGUUUAGCUCAGAGCAGGAUGCCUGGCGCUGGAUUCCCUUCAUUCCGGUGUCACAAAGAGAUGCAGAGACACCAAGAAACUUCAAGGUACAAGGAGGAUGAAUUCCAGGGAGAUUUUUCAUCUAUCCCAAAGACUGAAUGAUGAGAAUAGGGAUGAGGGGAAAGGCUUUUAGUGCUGGUACUAUUGCUGUGGAAAAUGCACUUUAAAAUAUAUUUCCCUUUCUGAAGCUAGGUUCUUUUAAGUGGUAUGUGGGGGAAAUUCAAAGGGAUACAGCCAGACUUUCCCAAUACCUGAUUGUUUUGGGGUUCUGAGUUCCAGUUUGGGGCAGGGGAACAGGAGGAGGAAGAGAAACAGACUUUUAUUUUGCAAUCUUUUAUGCCACUAAAAAAAAAAAAAAGUACAGGAAGGAAUGACCUGCAGUUUGACAAAGCUCUCAGUUUUUGAUGGUACCAUCUGUGUAGUUCAGGGAAAAAGUCAAUGGAUCCUCAAUCAUCCUUGUUAUUUACAGCUUGUACCAGAAUCUGUCUGGGUAACUGCUGCCCACCCCAAACUGCUCAUUUUUAAGCACAGCAUUUGGGUGAGGGGCUCAUCUGCAUUUGUAAAGCUCAACAAAUGCCACUGAGCUUCCUAGCAAGCACCUGCAGGCUGACAGGGACAGGCCAAACCAGAGGGAUAGCCACUGGCUGUCAUCAGAGACCAGAUCUGGGAUUUUCCUCCUCAGUCCAGCUCCGUGGACUUCAGUGUUUGCUUUCUGUCUGACCUGGAAGUCUGUAACUCUGCUCCUCCAUCCCCUGAGCCCUGGGGUGGUCACCAGCCAGGGUGAGGGAGCUGUGGGAGAGCAGCACCAGCAGCAGGCUGACCUGACCAGCAGAAGGAUGCAGGGAGUCACUGAUAAGAGAGUAUUUAGUAUCAGAACAAAAUUGAGCCUUUUUUCCCAUAAAGUUACCACCUAAAUAAAGCAGGUUUAGAUUUCCUGUCUGUGAUGGCUUUCUGCUGUUCAAAGCAAUCCAUUUUUCUUUCAGGCUGAGUGCUGGAUGAAAUGUGUUUUUUUCCUCAUGCUUCCCCUGUAAACUGUGUUUUUUUGUUGUCUUAGUGCACAUACUGUCUCACACCUUUGACAAUGGUAUAAAACAUUUUAAAUAUGGUAUUUUUGUUCCUGCAUUAGCCAGUUCUAGCUUUAGAGGUUCCAACAGUCUGAUUGUCCAAGCAUGAGACAUGGAUGGGAAACUUCAGGGUUGUGUGUAAGAUCUCCAUGAACCAUUUUAGGCAAGCUGCUUGACUUCUUUAUCUCCUACUUAACUACUGGACUGCUGCAGAGAAGGGGAAAACCUUUAGUGUACCUCAGAGGGCUGCUGGAAUGCACAGAGAAUCAUUACCCAUUAUAUUUGAACAUUGGAACUAUUUUAAGUGAAAAGGCAAGUUUUCAAGAAGGUAGAAAGAGAAGAGUCAGGCUGGAUACUCAAGUGCUGUUCUCCAGCAAGGGAGUUUGGCAGAUGUGCAAUUUAAUUGAUGGGAGGGGGUUAAACCUUUUAACCUCCAAGACACAAGGACAGCUGCUUCAGUGAAGGUACUAUAUAUACCCUAAAGCUAGCAGGCUCCUAAAGCUACUAGACAAUGACUUUUGGAAAACAAAUAAAUGAAUGAAUAAAUAAAUAUUGUUUUAAAAGUAGAGCUAUUUCAAUCAGUUUAUACAUACCUUCGAAAUGGCCAAGGAAUGAGCAGAGUCAGUGCCUGGAAUACCCAUGGAAAAGCCACUUCCCAGGGUCCUUUCCAAGGAGGGCUGAGGCUGUGCAAGUUGUGUGCCCAAAGGAAAACUUAUUUACUUAUUUUGAUAGAAUACCAGGGGAAAGCAUCAACUUUUCUGCAAUAGCAACAAUCAUUAUAUGCUUAAAAACACAACUCCUAUUUAGAGGGACAUAUUCUGUUUAUUUCUAAGCAUAUUCAUGUUACACAAAGUGUGAAUAUUUUGGUAUAAAUUGAAGGUGGGGGUCAGCUCUGCUCACUGAAGUUCAGCACUUCAGUCCUGGAGGGCCUUGGCAUUGCAGCAGCUGAGGGUUUGCAGGUGGUAUUUGUGCUGUUAACUGAUGCUGCAGACAGCUGAUUCUGUUUUGUUAAAUUAAACCAUAAAUCAUAAACCAGAAAGGGAUUAUAAACUUCUCAAAAAGGCAGUUUUUAAAGCCUAAAGUCUGGGACUUCUCACUAGGCAAAGCCUUAAUUAUAAUAUUAAGUUUUUCUGAUUUACCUUGUUCACACAAAUGAUUAAAAAGGCCAUAACACAGGUGUGUGUUACAGGGCAAACAACUUUCUUUACAACACAGGAAUGGUGGUUUUGCCACAGAAUAACUGAAGUUAAUUUGACUCAUACAAUUAAUCCAACUGAGGGGAAACAAGUGAAAACUGGAGAAUUAUGGAAAGAAGUGAGAGAGCUGAAGAAAGAUUUGAUAACGUGUUAAUGAUGUGUUAAUCUAUGCAAGAUUAAUAAUUACUUAAUUCUACAUCUAAUAGUAUCUUCCUUAAGCUUCUGUCUUAAGAGUAGGCUUCAGUUAAUUAAAAAUAGAAAAAACAAGUUAAUUGUAAUUGAACCACAGUCACAAUUGCUACUUGUUGGGUCUACCAGAGAUCUUUUUAUGUGGAGGACCUCUGGGCACUUCUGUCUGAGCCCCCCUUACACACCAUCCUGUGUCUCCAUCCUGCUGGUGUCACAGGGCCCAGCAGUUCUCAGCUAAGAUUCCUGCUGGGAAAUUAAGCUGAGCACCCUGCAGUGGUGUGUGAGUAACAGCCACAGCUCUGGGGCUCCCUGCUGAAACCACUCCUGCUUUAUUUGUGUUUCAUAGGUUCAGGUAGAAGCAGGUUCAGCCCUCCAAGGCUGAUCUGGCAGAGACAGAAGUUGAAGAGCAAAAGCCAAACAGAAAAGCUCUCGUGGGGUGAUUUCUGUGAGGAGGGAGAUGAGUGUGGGCAGGAUGAGGGGGUUUCAGACAGGCAGUUGCAACAAACAUAGCAGUGAUCCAGGGGGAAGCCUACCUUUUGCAUGGAGAACCAGAAGCAAGUUCAAAGACUGCCCACUUAUUCUUUUAGACUGUCAAUUUUUCUCCUAGUACCUGCAGGAAAAAGAUAAUUGAUGGUUAUUGAUUUUAAAUGAGGUUUUAAUCAGAUUACACUCAACAGAUUUUCCUUCUAAACGUGUACUGGCUUCCAGUGUAGUGACCAGGGCAAACAUCUGUGGGGAACUGGAGAAGUGGGCUCUGUCCUGUGAUGGAGAAACAAUUACAGGAAAAGCAGGUACUUGUAACACUUUCAUUUUUUGUUCUGCCAUGAACACUCAAGGAGAAAAGCUUCAGAAAAAACAACCAACCAAGUAGCAACAGCCUGAUGCUUCUGGAGUAGUGAUUUGAUUAACAUAGCUAACAGGAUGUCAGACAGUCCAACCCUUGGCAGGAAAAAGCCUUUAAGAAAAAAUUUAAAGCCUGAUAUCUAGGGUGACUUCAUUCUCAAUUUAAUCCUUGUUUAAUUUUUUGUUUGUUUUAAUAGAAGCAUGGUACUGGCCCUAGGAAAGGGCUCAGAGCUGGUUCCCAUCAUUAACAGACCCAUUUUUCUCUUUGUGACCUCUGUUCCUUCAUCAUUGCCUAUAGUAUCUUUUAAGCAUGCAGGUGUUUGUGUACCCACAUCCUCCCUGGAAACCAAGUGAGGUCAAUUAGUUGUUUUUUGGUUGUUUUUUUUCUUUUAAUGGAACAUUCUGACAUUGUACAAAGUUUUAGGGUUUUUUUUUCCAGUAGCCCUUUUUGCUGUGUAUACAGAAGUCUCAUGUAGAGAACUUUCUAAAAUAAAGUGUGAAUAUUUUUAUUACUCCUUUGUACAGUAUUCUAAGAGAAACUAAUAAAGUAUUCCCGUAAAAA